AUGAAGGAACGCAAGGAUGUCAUCAGCGAGUUCAAUUCGCUCGUCAACAUGACAGCCUCGGACCUGGAGUCGUGGCUCAAGUCGGACGACUCCAACUCGGCCGGCUGGCCCAAGCACGGCGGCGAUGACAAGAACGGCGAGACUGUUGGGCACGACAGCGGACGCAAGAUUGUCGAGAUCCUCAAGGCGAACCCGGACAAGAAUGAGGACGAAUAUACGGAUGAGCAGGUCCAGCACAUGCGCAAGGUCGUGUCUUAUUGCAAGCGACAUUUGGCGCAGGAGUCCAAGGGCAACAGCGAAAAGUCCGAAGAGGAGUUGAAAAAGACAAAGUCAUAUGCGUCGCUCAAGAACUGGGGCCAUGACAUCCUCAAGGCAACGGAAGGGAAACCAUCUGCAAACGGCAGCUCGGAUUCAAACGACAAGAAUGGGGACGCCAGCGACGAGUCGAAGAAGGGUUCGGCCAGCAACGGCAAGUCCAAGUCCUCUCAAACACCAAAACGGCAGACUCGAUCCGCUGCAAAGGACGCCAAGGCAAACGAAGACGAGGAGGGGAGUGGAGAGGAUGAGGAAGAGCCCAAGGAGGAGGAUGAGCCCAGCGACGACGACGACGAAAGCACGGCCAAAUCUGGGCAGAAGCGCAAGGCGGCUGGCGGCAAACAGAACGGGGCGCAAAAGAAGCAGCAGACGAGCAAGGGUGCGGGCGCGAAAAAGCAAUCGAGCGGGGAUGAGGCGGAUGAUGUCGAUAACGAGGAUGGCGAUGAAGAGCUGGACGAGGAGAUGGCUGAUGGCGACGAGAACGAGCAGAAUGGAGAGGAGGAGACGGAUGGGAAUCAGGAUAGCGACAAAGAUGGCGAGACGGAAGCGGGUGAACAAGAAGACAAAGAAGACGAAGAGGCUGGCGGCGAGGGCGACGCCAAAAACGGCCUCAGCAAGGGCGACACCGUGAGUUGGAAAUGGGGCAACAAUCAUCCGCAAGGGAAAGUUUUGGACGUCAAAGAGGAAGACACGUCCAUAACAACCAAAAAUGGCAAUCAAGUCAGCCGGAAGGGCACCAAAGAUGACCCAGCAGUGGUGCUGGAUGCUGGAAAAUCCAAGGCCAUCAAAAAGGCACAUGAGCUAGACUAG